AUGCAAAUUAAAGCAUAUCUUCUAAUUGUGAUUCUUUCAGCAUUAGUAAUGAGUGAUAUACUGGGAAUGCCAGCUGGAAAGAGUCAAUGUCCUGGUGGUGAACCAAUCGUAAAUUGCUUGGUAAAUCCAUGUCAAGGAGCAACAUGUUCAGCAUAUCCUAACGCUACAUGUGUCGCGAACUAUUGUGGAGGUUGUAAUACUGAAUGGUUCACAGAUAGUGGAAAACAAGUACAAUGUGAAACUACUAGUUAA